AUGAACAGCGCCUUCAGCUUGGACCGUUCCGGCAAUGGUUGCAGAUUUGAUGGAUUACUUGACAACAUGGGAAUAGCUUCAAUGAAAAUUUCUAUGCAUCAAUGCUAUGAGCCAUAUCAAGACUUGAAAGGAUUAAAAUUUCGAAUUUUAAAGCGUACAUGCACAGUUUGUCCAUACUCGACCUAUGACAAAUCAAACUUUAACAGACAUCUUCGAUUACACAGUGGUGAUCGACCAUAUAUUUGUUCAGUUUGUGGUUUUUCUAGACUUCAAGUGAGAAAUGAAUCUGCUGCUACUAAAGGUCUGUUGCCUCCACAAGCUGCCACAACAUUUGCUUCAGGGUAUGCUGAAGGAAAUGAUAUAAAUCAUUUUAUGAAGAGCAGUGGACGUUGGAAAGAAGGCAAUUUUGUAUGUGAUGUAUGUGGCUACGCCACAACUCGCAGAGAUCAUUUCAAGCGGCACUUGAUUGUGCAUACAGGAGAGCGCCCUUUCUUCUGUGAAGUUUGUUUCAAAGGAUUUAAUCAGAAAGAAAAUCUUCGAACUCACUUAAGGAUCCACACUGGAGAACGGCCUUUUGAAUGCCCUAUCUGUCAUAGGAGAUUCUCACAAAACAUUUUGAACCAAAAUUCAGCUGAAUGGGAAAUGCAUUUGCAAAAUCCUAGCUUUUUGAGUCCUAGAAAGACUGGCUUCCAUCUCGCUGGACAACCUCAUGGUUGCAACUUUUGUCACAAAUCUUUUCGCCGAAAAGAUCACUUGAAAAUUCACAUGAGGAUUCAUACUGUGUGUACAUAUCGUACUUUUUUACCAGUCAUGAGAAGCCGAAGAAAAUUUUCAGAAAAACAGUUAGAAACCAUUGUGCUUAAACGAAAGAAAAAUCCUAUCAGUCCUGUAUUUAUGAUAAGUUGCUUAUCAGUUCUCUGCUUGGGCAUAUUUGUAUGCAGCUUUACUCUAAAUAAAAGUUCUAAAAAAUCAUUUCAAAAUGUCUCAUUGCUUUCAAAAGUUUUAAUUGGUUUGAAUCUAUUAAACUAUUAUAACCUAAUUACUGAUAUUUUUUAAUGUAUUUAAUUUUAAAAAUAAUUAAUGUAUAUACAUGCUAAAUUAU